CAAAUUGCUCUAAUCAACAUCAAAAUAUAUUAAUCUAGAAUUUUUCAAGAAUUUUUGUCGAAAAUUAAUUAAGCAAAGAGCAAAAUUUUAUCCAUUUUCUCUAAAAAAUCAACAGAAGCUGGGAAGACUUUUGAAAUCAAUGAUUCUCGUAAAUUUUGAUUACAAUGGAACAACAGCAAACAUACCUGAAAUAAAUAACAACAACAACAGCAGCAGCAGUUCUGUUUUGCCACUCAAAGAAGUGGCCAUACUCGUGUCUUCUAUGGCCAUCGCGUCCCAAGUAGUGGUGCUGCUCAUGGCCAAAGGAUUGCCGGGAAACUUCUCGGCCCAGACCAUGAUGGCAGUUCAAGCUGUUGGAGAGAUAGCGAACCAAGUUUUCAUUCUGCAAAUGAUGAGUUGUCAUCUUUGGGGAGGUGUAGUUUCUUGUGGAUUUCUGAAGUGGGACUUCAAUUGCAAGGUGAUCGGACUGGUCAACUGGUUCAACCGGACUGCCCCGGAUUACCUGAAUCUCCUCCUCUCCAUCGACAGGGUGGUAGCUGUCAAAUAUGGUGUGUGGUACAGCACUAACUGCAAUCGAAUGAAGGCGUGGCUGGCAAUUGUGCCGGUGUUGACUCCGGUACUUGUCGUCAUUAUCUACCAGGCAGCAUAUUUCCAAAUCACCCAGCUACCCAGACCGAUUUGCUGGUCUGGGGGACCGGUGAACUACAGACUGAUGACGAAUGUGAUGGGGUUCUUGGGGGUUCCUGCUACUCUACUCACAAUUCUACUAACUGUCUACCUCGUAGUCCAACUAAAAAAGCGGCAAAAGAUCAGAACUGCUCAACGAGUGAAUACUCACAAUCAUGAGCCGAACAACGACAACUCGGUUACUGUGGCGCUUCUGACGAACUGUGCAAUCUUCUCCCUUUUCCGACUUCUUCUGUUCGCAAUUCAUGCUCUGGCGGCCAGCAUGGAUGACUCAGACAGAGAGUCGAUGGGGUUGAAACUGAGAGUGGCAGGACUGGCUGUUGUGUGUGGCACGUUUGCUGUUCUAUUCCAGGGUCCAAUAUACUUGACCAUGAAGACCAUGAGGAGAGCUUUCAAGGCUUCAGUUGGACUAUAAACGCUGUCUCAAAUCAGUCUAAUAAAAAAUAUACAUAAAUCUGAGAUUUUCCACCAAA